AUGCCUUCUUACGAAACGAUCAGCCUUCAUCCGCAGGACCACCUCCUAUCACAACUCAAGUCGACGACAUUCGACGUGAUUUGUAUCGGCUCAGGGUGGGCGGGCCGCGUCUUGGCCGCACGCAUUGUCAAGGCUGGUCUCACGGCCGUCAUAAUCGAAGAACAGCUCGUGGGCGGUGACUGUCCUUUCUGGGCAUGUGUCCCAAGUAAAGCCCUCCUGCGCCCGCAGGAGGCGUUAGCUGAAGCUCAGGCUGUCUCUGGUGUCCGGGAGCUGCAAGGCGAGAGGUCUUCGCUGGAUGCGGACACAGUGUUCAAGAGGAGAGAUGCAUUCACUAGUUCCUGGAACGACGGUGACGUCCUGAUACCCAUGGUAGAGAAUAGCGGGGCGGUCCUUGUCCGCGGCAGGGGAGAGCUCGUUGGCGUCAAGCGAGUCGCCGUCACCCACGAAAAUGGCGAGCGAGCUGAGCUCGAGGCCAAGCAUGCGGUGGCCAUCUGUACUGGCAGUGAUCCAGUCAUUCCCAACAUUCCAGGGCUGAAGGAGAGCAACCCGUGGGGCCCGCGGCAGGCAACAUCUUCCAGCGAAGUCCCGAAACAUUUGCUCGUUUUGGGAGCUGGAGCUGUUGGCACGGAGAUGGCAACAGUAUACGCUUCUCUCGGAGGUCAGGUCAGUCUGGUGUCAAGGAGUGCAGAGCUUCUUCCAAAAAUCGAUCCGGAAGCCGGGAAGCUCGUGAGAGAAGGCCUAGAGUCUCAAGGAGUCCGCGUCUAUGUGUCCACCUCCGUCCAGGCGGUCUCAAGGGAAGAAGGGACUGAGGGCCUACUGACAGUACAGCUGUCAGAUGGCUCCACUGUCACAGGCGUCACCCAAAUCCUGGCUGCAACAGGCAGAAAGGCCAAAACGAGCGGUAUCGGUCUCGAGAAUGUCGGGGUCAAGAUGGACGGCUCGCCUAUCGCCGUGAGCGAGUCCCUUGAUGUGCCAGCAGUACCCGGCGGGUGGCUCUAUGCCCUCGGAGACGUCAACGGCCGGGCACCCAUGUCUCAUUCGAGCAAGUAUCACGGCAGAAUUGCGGCCAACGCCAUUAUCGCCCGGUCUCAGCAGGACGGGGCCGACGUUCCGGGGUCUAACACGCCCUGGUCCAAAGUCUCAGCCACAAACGACGUUCUGGCACAGCCGCAGGUUGUUUUCACGCGUCCUACUGUCGGGAGUGUUGGUAUGACCCGGACCGGGGCCGAAGCCGCCGGGCUGGCCGACAAGAUUCGAAUUGUCAUUGCUCCGGGUGCCACGCUGGGAGCCAGGCUGCACCAGGAAGGAUACAAGGAUGGGUGGGCACAGUGGAUCAUCGAUCGCGAAAGCAACAAGCUCGUCGGGGCGACAUUUGCGGGAGACGGUGUGGCAGAGCUGUUGCAUGCUUCGACUGUGGCUAUUGUGGGUGGAAUGACUGUCGACAGGCUUGCGCACGCUGUUCCUCCGUUUCCUACCAUGAGUGAGGUCUACCUCAACCUGUUGGAGGCUGCGGAGGGGUUGUAG